AUGUCACAGGGAGGCUGCCACUACUGGGGCUACAUCGAUGGCUUCCCCAGCUCAGCAGUGACCCUCAACACCUGCUCGGGGCUCAGGGGUUUGCUGCAGUUUGAGAACGUGAGCUAUGGGAUCCAGCCCCUGGACUACUCCCCUGCCUUCCAGCACGUGCUGUACCGAGUGGGUGAGGAGCAGAUGGCAGCAGCCCCCCCUGCCCACAGCCCCCCUGAGGCAGGGCAGGGUGGGCUGGCAGCCUGGGACAUGCUGGACGAGGCCCCCAGGGAUGACAAGCCCCUCUCGGCCGCUGCACAGUCUCCCAAAUACCUCACAGUAUACGUGGUUUUGGACAAGGCUUUGUACAACUAUAUGGGAUCAGACCCGAAUGCAGCGACACAGAACAUAAUCCAGGCCUUCAAUUUAAUCAACAAUAUGUUUAAACCCCUUAAUGUCACCAUUGUGCUGUCCUCCCUGGAGCUGUGGGCAGAGGGGGAUAAAAUAUCAACAGCAGGGGACACAGAGGACCUUCUACAGCGAUUUUUACAGUGGAAACAGUUGUCUCUGGAGCCACAGGCACACAACAUUGCUUCUCUCUUAGGGUACAGGCACCAAGGAGCCCUCGUGGGUGCAGCAGCUCCAGGAAAGGCAUGUCAGAGAGAUGCUGCUGCCACGGUGGCCCUGGUAUGGUCCCCUCUGUCCUCUGCCUGUCCCUCAGCAGCCCACAUGGCUGUGAACUCAGCCUGGGCAGCAGGGGCAGGGGUGGAUGGAGCACGUGGGAGGAUCUGUGUGCAGAGCAGGGAUCUCUGCAAGGAACGCUCAGCUCUGGCAGCUCCCCUCUCUCCUCCCUCCAGUCACGGGAACGUGACCCUGGAGUCCUUCUCCGUGCUCCUGGCACAGGUGCUGGCCCACAGCCUGGGCAUGAGCCCCGACAGCCCCCGAGGCUGCAGCUGCCCCGGGCGAGUCUGCACCAUGAGCCCUGAGGCCCUACAUCUCAGCGGGGCCAAAGCCUUCAGUAACUGCAGCAUCAGGGACUUUGAGAGCUUCCUGAAGCAGGGCAGAGGCGAGUGCCUUUUCAGCAGCCCCCGGCUGAGCCGCCUGCCCCGGCAGAGCAGCGCUGUCUGCGGCAACCGCGUGGUGGAGCCGGGCGAGCAGUGCGACUGCGGCACGGCCCAGGAAUGCCAGAAGGACAGGUGUUGCACUCCAACAUGUACACUGAGGCCAAGAGCAAGAUGUGCCUCUGGAUUAUGUUGUAGAAAUUGCCAGUUCAAGUGGAGGAACACGCUGUGCCGCCCGAUCGCCGAUGCCCAGUGCGACCUGCCCGAGUUCUGCAGCGGCUCCUCCGCCUCCUGCCCGCCCGACCUGUACGUGCAGGACGGGCAGGAGUGCGGCCGUGGCACCGGCUACUGCUACCAGGGACGCUGCCAGUCCCCAGACCUGCAGUGCAAGCGGCUCUACGGGCAAGACUCAAAGAACGCUCCCACGAUGUGUUACGAGGAGAUCAACGGGCAGCGGGACCGGUUCGGGCACUGCGGCUUCCAGUCUGGGCACAAGUACCGGCGCUGUGUUUGGAGGGAUCUCAGGUGUGGGAAGUUAAUCUGCACGUACCCGUCCCACAAGCCCUUCUUAGCACCUGCCACUGCCGUGAUGUACGCCCGGGUGAGGCAUCAUAUCUGUGUGACUCUCAACUACCUGAACGUGUCCAUCUGGCUGGAUCCCCUUCAGGUUGCUCCAGGGACAAAGUGUGGCUCUGGAAGGGUGUGUAUGAACAACACAUGCCACCCACUCUCGGUGCUGCGACAGACCUGUGACAGCAAAACAAAGUGCCACGACCACGGCGUGUGCAACAACCUGGGCAACUGCCACUGCAACUUCGGCUGGCAGCCCCCCGACUGCCAGUGGAGGGGGUCGCGCCGUGGGGGCAUCAGGGGCAGCGGCCUGCAGCUGGCAGAGGGAGGCCUGCAUCGAGCACUGGAGGAUGGCGAGAUGGCCUGGCUGGUGCUGGGCUCCAGCCUUGUCCUGCUGUUCCUCACGGCAGCCCUGGGGCUCGGCCUGUGGCGGCAGCGGGUGCCCGGCCAGCGCCACGGGGAGCAGGCGCCGGGCACCGAGGGGUGA